GACAUUAUUGGGCGGAGAACAUAAACCUUCGAAUAUCGAUCUUAGGAUAAAUGAAAUCAGAUUAGAGUUAAUGUUGGGAUAUUGUGCUAGUAUAGAUAGCUUAGAUGAACGAAACACUGGUGUGGUCU